UUUUAGGGCCAAAUUAUGGACUGACUGGUAAACGUCUGGUUGUUACCUAGCAGGUACUUUCUAUGCACUAGAGAAUAGAAAGUACCUGCUAGGUAACAAUCAGACACUUACCAGUUGGUCCAUAAUUUGGCCCUUAGUCCUUUAUCUUUAAGUGAAGCAGAAAACCAAGACGAAAAGGGGUCUACAUUCACAGUAUCUAUAUUCUUCUAUUUGAAUAUAAUUACAUAUUUUAGUUUAAAUUCCCAAUUAAAGUUAAACUUGUUUCUGUAGAAAAGUGUUCAGUGAAGGCCUACUUCGGCUACUUCUAGGGCUCAUCAAUAUCCUGUUACAAUGGACUCGUUUUUAAAGAGAAAAAACACUGAUCAAGCAGAUGCUGAGGCAAAGAAGCCUAAACGUGAGGAAUGUCCACACAAGGAGCGGUGUUAUAGGAAAAAUCCCCACCAUUUUAAGGAGUUUGAACAUCCUUUUUUAAUUCAACUAAUUGAAAAGGGUGAUACUCCAGAAAUCCCAGACAACAUGCCUCAACCCAAACAACUUUAUUUGGAACAAAUAGAAAUCCUAAAACCAAUACUGGCAGCUCAAAAACCCAAAGAGACUGAAAAGAAACGUGUCGAAACAGUCAAAAAUAAUAUGGAAAGUGUUGCAAGUUCUAGUUCUAGCUGUGGAAAAGUUUCUAAAAAAGGCAAAACCACAAUUUUUACAUCAACAAGUGAAGAAGCUACAUGCAGCCCUGGUUCGAUGUUGGAAAAAUUGAAGAAAAACGCUCCAUAUAAUUUGUUUUUCACAACGAUUCCCAAGAGUCAAAGUACAUUCAAGGAAGUUAACAGUGUUUCAUUUACAGAUCUUCUUUGUCCAAGUUUAGGCCCCUUAAAAUGUUCUUUGCAAAUUAAUUUUAUGAUUGAUAUUGAUUGGCUACUAAAACAGUAUAAAGCCAGAGACUUACAUCAGAAACCUUUGACUAUUCUUUAUGGUGAUGAUUGGCCAGAUAUGAUAGAAUUUAUGAACAGAUUUUGUCCAAAUAUAAAACAUCAUUUUGUUAAAAUGAAAGAUCCUUUUGGUUGUCAUCAUUCUAAAGUAGGAAUUUAUGUUUACGAGGAUGAAUCCAUAAGAUUGGUCGUUUCUACAGCUAAUUUGUAUUAUGAAGAUUGGAAUAAUUAUAAUCAAGGAUUAUGGUUGAGUCCAAGAUUACCAAAAUUGCCCCAAGGAAGUAAUGCUAAAGAUGGUGAAUCCAUAACUGGUUUCAAAUCAGAUUUAAUUGCUUAUUUAGAAACUUACAAACUCAGUAUUCUAAAGGAGUGGCUUGAUUAUGUGAAAAAUGCCGACUUUAGUCAGGUAAGGGUUGCUCUAGUUUAUUCAGCUCCUGGAAAAUAUUAUCCGAAAAAAAAUGGAAAUCACUUGCACAGAGUUGGGGACCUAUUGAGUAAAUAUUGUAGUCUUCCAGCGAAAACUACACCUCAAAGUGAAGGUCCAUUGUCUUGGGGUAUUUUAGCACAAGCCUCAAGCAUAGGUUCUAUGGGUAAAACACCAGCAGAUUGGUUGCGAGGUUCUCUUCUAAGAUCUUUAGCUAGUCACAAACAGAGUUCUCCAUCAAGUAACUCGGCUGCUACUUUGAACAUAGUAUAUCCGAGUGUGGAUAAUGUAGCUCAUGGAUAUUUUGGUCUUCAAAGUGGUGGUUGUUUGCCGUAUUCGAAAGCCACUAAUGAGAAGCAACGGUGGUUACAAGAUUAUAUGCAUCAAUGGAAAGCUGAUGAAAAACACCGUACAAGAGCAAUGCCUCAUAUAAAAUCCUAUUGUCGCAUUUCUCCGAAUCUAAAUAAAUUAGCCUAUUUUCUUUUAACUAGCGCAAAUUUGUCAAAAUCGGCUUGGGGCAAUCCCAUACAAAAAGAUGGGGGAAGCUCUAUAAGAUCCUAUGAGAUGGGAGUUAUGUUUUUACCAAAUUUUUUCGAUGAAGAAUACUUUAAGAUUAAUAAUAGUACUGAUAACAAAAACAGCCAUCUGUUUCCUUUUAUGUAUGAUUUACCAUUGACUCCUUAUAAAAAAGAUGAUUAUCCAUGGUGUAAUUGAUUGUGAUUUAAGAUUCUUUUUAUAAUUGCCUUAUUGGAAUAUAUUUUUCUUUCAUAUA